AUGAUAGAAUUAAUUUCGACCCACAUUAGCUUUUUGCCCGCCCAAAAGCCACCGGAGUCUCUGCCGGAAUCUUUUGAUUGGCGUGAGAAGGGAGGCGUUACUCCGCCCGGCUCACAGGGGCCAUGCGGUUCGUGCUGGGCAUUUGCGACGAUAAGUGCACUCGAGGGUCACUUGUUCCGGCGAACGGGUGUGCUCGUGCCGCUGUCGCAGCAGAAUCUGGUGGAUUGCGCCGACGCCUACGGUACCGAAGGCUGCGACGGCGGCUUCCAGGAGUAUGGCUUCGAGUAUAUACGAGAUCACGGAGUUACGCUGGCCAAUAAGUAUCCGUACGAGCAGUCCGAAAAUAUGGUUUGCCGGCAAAAUCAGACGGCUGGUGCACCUCCACGUGACAGCAUUGUCAAGGUGCGCGACUAUGCAAGCAUCCCGCCAGGCGAUCAGGAUUUAAUGAAGCAAAUUAUUGCCACUCUGGGUCCACUGGCCUGUUCCAUGAACGGAUCUCCCGUAUCCUUCCAGCAAUACAAGUCCGGCAUUUACGACGACCCGGAGUGCAACAAUGAGGAGGUCAAUCACUCCGUCACUGUUGUUGGCUACGGCAGCGAAAACGGACGUGACUAUUGGAUUGUCAAGAACUCAUAUUCGCAGAACUGGGGCGAGGCUGGAUUCUUYCGACUAGCGCGCACUCCCAGCAAUUUCUGUGGCAUUGCCAGCGAGUGCAGCUACCCCAUACUGUAGAUACAUAUGCAUAUACACAUACAUCCCAGCUCC